AUGAUUAUAUAUUCGAACGAGAUAAAUCUCGUUAUAGUUUGCCUCGGGUUAACGGUCGUAUCGGGCUCUUUUGACGUAAAUACCGUAACAGGAGUGUUGGCUUCGGCGGUCAACGCCACUAUUCCCGGCACUGAUAGCAUCGAAAAAUUACGUGUAGCCCUCUCGGGAACAGUGAACAGUAUACCAGUUAACGAGAGCACAUACUCGAUCUCGACAGAUUUGAAUGUAACGAGAAGUGCCGAUGAAACAUGUUCCUCGCUUGACGAUGCGGCUCAGCUGACACAGACUCAGUUGAUUAAUCGCCUGACAGCACCUUGCCGUUAUGAUCGGCUGGAACGUCCCUAUGUUGUGGUCAACGAAACCAUUGUCGAUGCUCCGCUGGAUGUCUACGUUCGCAUAUACAUUUAUGUGUUGCAGAAUCUCGAUACGAGCGACUUGCAGUUCAAGAUGCACGGUCUGCUGCAAUUGCGUUACAAAGACCCUCGUCUAGCUUUCGACAAGUAUGCGCCGAACAGAAAACAAUCCAUUUUGGGAGAAUCGAAAUUGCGCGAAUUGAUCUGGGUUCCGCAUAUAUUCCUCGCAAACGAACACGAUUCGAACGUUCUUGGGACCAGCGAAAAAGACAUACUCACUUCAAUUAACCCAGACGGUACUGUCAUCACAUCGUCGCGCAUUCAAGCCACUUUGUACUGUUGGAUGAAAUUGCAAAAGUUUCCCUUUGAUGAGCAGUACUGUCCCACCGUCCUGGAGAGCUGGAUGUAUAAUGCAACGGAACUACGUCUAUUUUGGGAGGAAAACGCUCCGGUAACAUUCGACCCCAAGAUGCAUUUAACCGAGUACGCCCUACAAAAUGCCUGGACGAACGAAACCAUUAUUAAUGCCGAUCUGAAUGACUUACGGCACGGAGCAUUUGCUGGCAAUUACAGCUCGUUGAGCUUCACUGUCCACCUAGUGCGAGAAGUGGGUUACUAUGUCAUGGACUACUUUUUACCCUCGAUAAUGAUCGUGGCCAUAUCGUGGGUGUCGUUCUGGUUGCAGGCUGACCAAACCCCAGCUCGUACAACCCUUGGGUGCACCACUCUGCUAUCAUUUAUCACGCUGGCAUCGUCCCAGGAGAACAACUUGCCAAAAGUCAGUUAUAUUAAGGUCUCCGAGGUAUGGUUUUUGGGCUGUACCUUCUUCAUAUUUGGCAGUCUGGUAGAGUUUGCCUUUGUCAAUACGAUAUGGCGUCGGAAAAAUAGUGUCGAGGUGAAAAAAGUCAAAAGUAAAUAUAUUUUGAAAUCAACUCUAACGCCUCGCAUGAAACGCCACAAAAUGAUCGACAACGAGCGACAACAGUCGCGGCCAACUUGUGAUCGUUUUCUAUCCGUGGACCCACCAUCGCCGGUCAUAAUAACUGUCGGUGAUCAGACACCCAGUAAAUUUACAUCGUCGGAUUCAAUAGCGACCAUAACAUCAAGUGUAGACGACAACUACUCCGACCGAGAUAAUAAACCUAACGAGAAUCAGUCGUGGUCGACAAUGACACCACAUGAAGUCUCUUUGUGGAUUGAUCGCAAGGCUCGCUUCCUAUUCCCGGUGGCAUUUAUCAUUUUCAAUGCAUUAUUUUGGUUAUUUGUAUACUGUUUAUGAC